CUCCCGUGAUAAGAGAAAGAGUAUGGGAGAAGCUAAGCCGCUGGGUUUUUCCGUCAGAUCCAUCUGAUAAAAGAGACUUCCUGCGUACACAUCUAGAGAGAGAGAGAGAGUAUGGAGAAAGCUUUCUGUCAGAUCCACCUGUUCUUGCUUCUCUUUCUCCGCAGCAGCUUCACCGUCUCUGACCAGACAACCGGUAAGCCAUGCGCUGUCUCACUUCUCAAGCUGGAGGUCGAUGAUCACCGUCAAAUUCAAUUUGCACAUCGCCGUAGCGGUAGAGAGCACACCGCCGCGGGUGCAGAUCUGACACCCAUUACAAUUGAAUGCCCUAAUUAGAAGAUGGUGGGUGAAGUUUACAGAAGAUGGGGAAUAUUCAUGGUGGCUUUCAAAUUUAUUCCUUUGGACAAAGCUUUUUGAUUUGAAUGGGAAAGUGGUGGUGUCCAAACUACUCUAUGUUGCUCUUGCUUAACGAAAAGAGGAGAGGCAAGCAAGAUUGCAGCAAAAAUAUGCACCUGUAGUUGGUGAAAACUUCCUUCAUGGUCCCCAAAAUCAGCAGACUUUGCAAUAUAUCUCCUCUCAGAUUCAUAAUGGGAUAAGGUGAAUGCUGUAAACUCUUCAUCAGGGAUCGAAUCCCAAGGAUUGAUGAUAGGGGAAAUUACUUCUCCUGCUGAGUAUUCACCUUUGAACAUUCUAGAGCAGGCGAGCAACUCAAAUGAGAAGCUGUAGUUGCUUAUUUGGAGUGAUAGAUCUAUCAAAAUCGUUGCACCAAUGCUCUUUCCAUCGCUCCUCCAUGGCUUCUUAGUCAGUUUUUGUGCUCGGUAAGCUUCUCAUUUCUCAUCGGCUUCUUCAUAGCAUUUCAUUCUGCCUGGGUUUUUUUUAUUUUAUUACCACUUCGUUCUCAAGUGAUUUUUGGUAAUUUUGUUCUUAUAAGUGAAAGGGUACUUAUCCUAUUGAGUUUAGGAAUUUAUUUUUGUAAUAGUGAUGCAGAGCAAAUCAGUAAAACCACUAAAAAUGGUAUUUUUGUUCUUACAAGUGAAAGGAUACUUAUCCUAUUGAUAGAAACUACAUGGUAUUUUUGCUCUUAGAGGUGAAAGGGUACUUACACACAGCUAUAAGUUCCUUGACCAAUCUGCGAGAACAAAAACUACCAUCUCACAACCAUUAGAGAGAUGAUUUCAUACGAAACCAAUCAUUUAGCCAAAAUAAUGUUUUUUUGCUUAUAAUCAACAAUAACAUUAUCCACUCAUUCUUUUUUGUUAAGGUUAGUCCACAAUUUUCCCAUUUACAUACUUUUUAUACAUGUUUAGAGUUUUGUUUGUUUGUAUGUUUCAACCUUUUAAAUGUCAGAAAAUAUAACCUCUUCAGGGCAAUGAAGGUGCCCUUCAAAUUCUUUCAAAGGAUAAUGAACUUUUGAAGGAGUGAUGAUAAGUGUGUUUUUUUUGUUUUAUCAACAUUUUUUUAGAUGCUUUGAAUUUGGAUGUUGAUCAUUUUUCGAGUGCUUUGGCUAAAGGCUAUGUGUUGGACAUUGACGUGGUCAGGAAGGGCCACAAGAAAAUCUACACAGAUGGUCGAGACCAAAUUUUGGCAAAUUCAAAUCGGUGAGAUGAAGAAGCGGAGUAAAUGUUAGACCUUAUGGGGCAUAGGGGCAACAAGGUAGUUUUCUUCAUGUACUACACUAGAAUUUGAAUAAAUGUUAGACCUUUGUCAUUGUACUUAUAAUCAAGUUUUCUUUAUGUACUACACUAGAAGUUGAAUAAAAGUUUGAAAAUUUU